AUGCUAUCCUCCCAGACAAACACAACGUUUUCGGUCUCAGCUGCAAAAGCAUUUUUCGAAGCGGCCAAGAAGCCGGAAGUGCGCCAGGCAGCUGUCGCAGCUGCCAAGAACCCCUUCGUCCGCCAAGUGGCCAAGCAGGCGGCCACCAAUCCGGAGACUCGACAACAGCUGGUGGCCGCUCUGGAGAAGCACUAUGUCAAAGUCUCCUCUUCAGAUUUCUGUUCAACUCAACCACACGCCAUUGUUAAACACUCGUUUAACGGCUCUCACCAGGACGAGUUGUCGUGUGCCGCUGGCGACAUCAUUAUUCUAAAGCGUGACGUUGAUGACCAGUGGAUUUAUGGUAUGAAUAAUCGCACUCGUGGUUACGGUAUCGUUCCGCUAUCAUUCCUUGACAUUCGAGUACCACUUAGCUUCAGUUCACCACCAUCCGCUGCCGUCAUAGCAACUGCAAUCUAUGACUAUUUUUCGAACACACCUGGAGAUCUUACGUUCCGUAUGCACGACCAGAUCAUAGCCACCGAGCGAAUUGGUCCAGAAUGGUUGCGGGGGUCACUGAAUGGUCGUGAAGGUAUUUUCCCAGCGAAUUUCGUCUCAUGUCCAAAUAUUGACAGUCUUCCGAUGAGUCAACCGGCGACUCAAAUGGCUCAUCUGGAGAAGAUGACAGCUGCUUACGACUACUCUUCAGGAGUACAGGGCGACCUGGAGUUUAAAGCAGAAGUGAUUGCUCGAUUAGAUCAGGACUGGAUUCAAGGACGGGUGAAUGGUAAUGAGGGUCUCUGUCCUCUUUCAUUCCUAGCUCCUUACGGAACACCAGUGAAAAGCCCAAAGACAAGAGGACUCGCUUCUAUUGCGUUCUCUGGCUAUAAUCACAUCGUGAAAUUCCAGACUGUAACAGCAAUUGCGGAUCACUACACUGACGAUCCAAAGAUGUUGUACUUCUCCAAGGGUGAACGAAUAAUCAUUGUUGAGGACGUGGAUACGUAUUGGUAUCGUGGAAAAGUAGAGGGUUUCAAAACAUUGCCCGCUGGUCUGUUUCCGAAGGCGAUCGUCAAAGAGGAUUAA